AUGGAGCGAGGAAUAAGAAGAGCCCUGGCGAAAGCUGCUGCUGAUGGGAAGGAUCAUCCGCUUGGAGAUUAUAAAGUAAUCCUGGACGACGUGGCUUCCUGUCGCGAGGGCUUGAAAUCCGUGAACGAGUCGCUCUCAAAAUUCUCCAAAAAUAAAUCUUCAGAUGACUCUCUUUACAGCCGCCUUGGACAGGGCUUCGACAAAGCCGACCAGCACUGUUUCAAGCAGAUGAGUCGGAUUCAGACUUUUGGCCGAAUUAUGGGAUUGAUUGGCAAGAAAAUGGAGCAAAUUGGUCAUUUGGAGCAGAGUCACCAUAUUAGGAGCAGAAAUCUUGUUCAGGAUAAACUGGAUCCAGUUUCCUCCAAAGAAAUUCCGGAGCUGGUGAAAGCUGCGUCCAAGCUGUCGACUUUCGAGGCAGAUCACAAAAUAAGCCUCGGUAAAGUGGAAAACGCCAAAGCAAGCUUGGAAAAACUGAGACGAACUGGAAAAGCGACGAGCUCGGGUUUAUUUGGAAAAACAGAAAUGACGGAAGAUGACCAUAUUGAGAAAAUCCGAAAUCUUGAAAGCGACGCGGAUGCAGCUGAGUCCAAACUUCACGACGCCACGGAAAAAGUGAAGCUUGAGUUACUGGAGUUUGAUGCGAAAACGGCGCUGGUUGGGGACUACUUUAGGAUUUUGGUGAAUAAUAUGCAUAUGUUCCACAAAGAAGCUGCGGCGGCGUUGGAAGAACUCGUCCCACAACUCGACGAUGAAUUAAAACAAUUUCAGCCGCAGUUCCGAUUACAUUCCGUUUCCGAGAAUUGUUCCGAAAAAGCGCCCAUUGCCAAGCCUCUUGAAGUGCUAGUCGAUUUGUUGUUGGGCAACGAAGGUUUGGAUGAACAAGGCAUUUUCCGCCUUCCAGGAGCGAUUUCCAAGGUCAAGCAAUUGAUCGCCGCCCUCAACGCGCCCUGCUACAACGAAGCAGAUUUAGAUGAAUUUUCUCCUUGCAAUCAGACGCUGGCGUCUGCUCUCAAGCAAUUCUUCCGCGACCUGGAAUAUCCUCUUCUUCGCAAUUUCAUGGAUUCUGGCGCAAUUCAACACGCAGAAGGAAUCCUGGAUCAGUCGGAACAAUUUGUCAUGAUUUCAGAACUGAUCUCGAAAAUGGCCACUUUUGACCGUUACAACUUGGCGUAUCUCUGCCGCUUUUGCCGGGAAAUCAUGGAGAAUCACGAGAAAAACCUUAUGACAGCUCAUGCUCUGGCAAUCUGUUGGGCUCCGACUUUGAUCGGCAGUACGACUACCUCCGGCCUAGGAACACUUUUCGUCCAGCGCUUGAUCGAACAAGCGCAGUACUUCUUCCCCGAUGAGGACUACCCGCUUCUUCGCAAUCAAAACCUCGAUUUCGGUUUCUCCGAGCGCGCUGCUUUCCUCCAAACUCAGAAGCAAAAGAAGGAAAACGUCAAAAAUUCCGACUAUGGCUUCCUCCCCCCGACGAGAAGUGAUCCAAGCCCAACAAAAGCUAGAAAGAAGGCAGCACCAACUCCGCCAAAUGGAAUUUCGCUGCAUUCCACGCCUCUGAAUUCCUCUUCAACGCCCGGAAAAGUACAAAUUUUACAUUCUUCAACUCCGAAUUUAUCCGCCCGUCCCAGAACCAAGCCCCCAGAAUUCAUCGGCACUGCAAGCCACGUCGCUCAGCCCGUCCCAUCCCAACGCCGUCCCAUUAAAUCGCCCAGUGCCACAACCGAUUAUACAGGAUUCGGUCUCAUGGAAGAAGAUCCUGUCCAGUCCUCCUCCGAGCCCGCGGAAUCAUCCCGGGUGGGGGAUACCAGCCUCGCCGAUGAAAUAACGAGCCAACUCGACAACAUGUUCCGCGGCUCUUCGGAAAACAAGCCUAAACCGAUUCGUCCGCCUAAGCCGUCGUCGAUAAAAGAGUUUGAAAAUCAGCCGAAAAGACCAGAAGGUGCACCUCCACCAACUCCGAAGCCGCGGCAUCUAUCUUCUGAAAGCGGGGAAUAUACGCAGCUUUAA